AUGUUUUUAUCGGAGGAAUGCCCUGUCUGCCUUGAUGAAUUUCAAGAAGGUGUCUUCAUUUUCGAACUGCCUUGCAGACAUUGCAUUCACGCUGCUUGUUCGAGUGAUUGGUUCAAACAGAGGCCCGUCUGUCCUAUUUGUAUUAGAGCUCUGAGCGUUUCCAUAGCUAAACACUUCAAGUUCAGCGUGACUCAAGUUUGUGGAGGACGUGCUUGGAUCCGUAUUGAACUAACGACAGAGCCGGGGGUAGAUUACAAUUAA